AUGAAUAGCAGGAUUGGCGCCUCCGAUGCACGAGACCAGCUGGGCGAGUCAUUCCAAUUGGACAAACAGGUUUUUUCAGGCGCUGAUGGUGGUGUAGGCGAGCGAAAAGGUGGGCAAGGGCGAGCAAGCUUGGUGACGCGGACAAGGGCGAGUAGCCUAAGCGCUCCAGUCCGCUGGGCAAGCCUGAGGGG